UUUAAAAUAUAUUUUAUUCGCAUUGCUUCGUUUCCAUUGCAUUCUGGCCAGGGAACAGUUUAUGGUGGGCGGCAUUUUUGCAUCGGAUAAGGAUGAGGCGGAAAUUGCAUUUCGCACUGCUGUCGAUCGAGCCAAUAUAUUGGAAAGAAGUAUAGAGCUGGUGCCAGUGGUGGCCUAUGCCAAUGAAGAGGAUAGCUUUAAAAUGGAGAAAACGGUUUGCAACUUGAUUAGUCAGAAUGUUAUUGCAAUUUUUGGACCCAGCAAUGGCGGCAGCGCAGAUAUUGUUAGCUCUAUAUGCAAUAUGCUAGACAUACCACACAUUUUAUUCGAUUGGCAACCGGAUACGCGUCAACAUGAUCAGAAUUCCAUGACACUAAAUGUGCAUCCGGACAAUUUAUUGCUGGCACGCGGCUUUGCUGAACUUGUGCAGAGUUUUAAUUGGCGCAGCUUCACCAUAGUCUAUGAGUCGGAAAAGGAGCUGCAGCAACUGCAGGACAUACUGCAGAUUGGCGAUCCCACAAGCAAUCCAACAACACUGCGUCAGCUCAGCGCUGAUGGUGAUCAUCGUCCGUUUCUAAAGGAAAUCAAACUCUCCACAGAUAAUUGUUUAAUACUACACUGCGCUACAGAGAAUCUGUUGAGCGUCUUAGAGCAGGCCAAUGAGCUCAAAAUGCUGGGCGAAUAUCAGAGCAUCUUCAUACCGCUACUGGACACGCACACCUUGGAGCUGGGUGAUCUGCUCAAUGUGGCUGCCAACAUAACUACGGUGCGUCUCAUGGAUCCCACGGACUAUCAUAUUAAGAACGUGGUGCAUGACUGGGAGGAGCGUGAGAAGCGCGAUGGGCGUUAUUAUAAAGUGCUGCCCACGCAGGUGAAAACCCAAAUGAUAUUGCUCAACGAUGCUGUCUGGCUGUUCUCCAAAGGACUUACCGAGCUGGGUAUACUAGAGGAGCUAGCAGCGCCAUCAGUGGAAUGUAAACGCAAAAAAUCCUGGCCUCAUGGCAGGCGUAUUAUUGAAUUUAUGAAAGCGCGCUCUGAGGAAGUUGCCACUGGCCGUUUGGACUUUAAUGAGCAUGGCCAACGCAGUUUCUUUAGUCUGCGCUUUAUGGAAAUCGAUGCGGGCGGCUUUUUAGAUCUGGCCACUUGGGAUCCGGUGAAUGGCUUGGAUGUGCUCAAUGAUGAUGAGGAGAGCGAGAAGCGUGUGGGUCAAAAGUUGGCCAACAAAACGUUCAUCGUCUCUUCACGCAUAGGCGCGCCGUUCCUAACGCUACGUGAGCCAGAAGAGGGCGAAGUACUAACAGGGAAUGCACGCUACGAAGGCUACUCCAUGGAUCUGAUUGAUAACAUUGCUAAAAUGUUAAACUUUAAAUACGAAUUCAGAAUGUCGCCAGAUGGCAAAUAUGGCAGCUUUAAUAAAGCGACACAGACCUGGGAUGGCAUAGUCAAGCAGCUGCUCGAUGGUAACGCUGACUUGGGCAUUUGUGAUCUAACCAUGACUUCAUCUCGCCGUCAGGCAGUGGAUUUUACGCCGCCGUUUAUGAAUCUGGGCAUAAGCAUUUUGUUCUCCAAGCCACCCAUACCGCCUACGGAUUUAUUCUCCUUUCUGUCACCCUUCUCGCUGGAUGUUUGGAUCUACAUGGGCUCAGCGUAUCUCUUUAUAUCGCUGCUACUGUUUGCCCUGGCGCGCAUGGCGCCUGAUGAUUGGGAGAAUCCACAUCCCUGCAAAGAGCCCGAAGAGGUAGAAAAUAUUUGGUUUCUACACAACACCAUGUGGCUGUCCAUUGGCUCACUUAUGGGUCAAGGCUGCGAUAUAUUGCCCAAAGCUGCCUCAACGCGUCUUGUCACCGGCUUCUGGUGGUUCUUUGCGCUCAUGAUGUUAAACUCUUAUACUGCCAACUUGGCCGCUUUUUUGACCAAUUCACGUCAGGCUAGUUCAAUAAGCAGCGCUGAGGAUCUGGCGGGUCAAACAAAAAUCAAGUAUGGUGCAUUGUUGGGCGGCUCUACCAUGGGCUUCUUUAGGGACUCCAACUUUAGCACAUAUCAAAAAAUGUGGACGGCCAUGGACAGUGCGCGUCCCUCGGUGUUUACCAAGACGAAUGAUGAGGGCGUGGAGCGUGUGCAAAGUGGCAAAAACCUUUAUGCCUUUCUUAUGGAGUCCACUACCUUGGAAUACAAUGUGGAGCGCAAGUGCGACUUGCAACAAAUUGGUGGCUGGCUGGAUUACAAAAGUUAUGGCAUAGCUAUGCCUUUUAAUUCGCCCUAUCGUAAGCAGAUAAGCGGCGCUCUGCUCAAGCUUGGCGAGCUGGGCAUGCUGGCCGAAUUGAAACGCAAAUGGUGGAAGGAGAUGCACGGCGGCGGCAUCUGCGGCGGCGACGAUGAAGGCGAUGCCGACACCCCCGAGCUGGGCUUGGAGAAUGUUGGCGGUGUGUUUCUUGUCUUGGGCUUGGGUCUGAUGUCAGCCAUGGUGCUGGGCUGCACGGAAUUCUUUUGGAAUGUCAAAACUGUAGCUAUUGAGGAGAAGAUCUCGCUGAAGGAGGCACUCAAAGCGGAGGUUAUGUUUGCGUUGUGCGUUUGGAUUACAACCAAGCCGGUGCACACUAGCGCCGGCUCCAGCAGCUCGUCCUCCUCAUCGUCAAGCAGCUCUGCCAAGUCCAAAUCUUCCAAAUCGCACUCUUCACGUUCCAAGAAUUCAAGCAAGACUUUGGGCUUGUCCAACAAGAGUCUGAAAAGCUCUGGCGAUGUUGAAGCUUCAGUGCACAGCAAGCUAAAGAAAAUUGGUUCCAUGUUCUCGUUGAAAUCUCAAAAGACAGCGACAGAAACGCCGCCAAUUGAAAUUGGCUGGAAGUUGGAUAAAGCUACGCAAAUGAGCGUGGAGCCGCCGGAAGUGGACCAGGAGCCAGAGCUAGAAGAAACUGCAGCGCAAGUGCAUCAACGGCAUCAUCAUCAUCACCACCAUCACCAUCAUCAUAACGAAGUUUGAUUUUGCGUUACACUUUGGCUAAGAGUUCUUAGUGCAUAAACUUGCAUUUGAAAAUUUAUAACAAUUUUAAUUUAAUGAGGAAUGAAGCAUAAGAACUCUUAACUAUUGAACACCUAAACCAAGUUUUGAGUAUUAGCAAUAACUUAACUUAAACCAAUUAACACGCAAAAUAGUUUUUUCGGUUUUUGUAGUUUUUUUUUAUUAAGUCUCCUAUUGGUUUUUCUUUUUAGAUUUUCUUUCGGCAUAUUGACAUGAUAGUUUUAGUUUAAGUAUAUUUUAUAGUAUUUUAUUGCAAAUCUAAUUUUUCGUAUUGUUGAAUUUGAA